GUGCUGGAAAGAGGCAGAGUUUGAGGUUCGACAGCGUUCUGGUCUGUCUGAACACAAAACUAAGUUCCUUCCACUGUUUCUUGUGCCUCUUAAGCAGAGCUGAUUAGGAAAUUGUGUUCUCAGUGCUUUGUUUAUUUUUUUUUUAACAUCAAGGUCUCCUUAGAUCUGGGCUGAUUUAUUGUUUUCCUCUACCAGAUGAGGUGUAACAGUAGACUAAAAACCAUUCUGCGGCCGUGUGAUUCCAAGGGGAACUUUAUGGAAUCCCACUUUUCUAGGUAAUUUAAAGGAGACGGUGGUCAGUCAGGCUGUUCGGAAAGGCUCUGGAUGAGUCGCAUAUUCUAGGUUAGAGAUAUGUUAUCUCCACAUUUCUUCAUGUUCUGCAAACUUUCUGAGUUUCUGUAGAUAACUGGUUGUUGGGUAAGAGAUUAAAAACAAAAUUCAGCAGCGUUAGACAUUCCGGAGCAAAACGAAGCUGUGCACAUCCAAGUCCUGUUUGUGUGGUACUCCUGGCAAAAACAAAACUUUGCUGCAUAGUAAUUACCUUGAGCUCUCAAAAUUACAGGUGGUAGGGGCUUAGAGGCCAUAUGGAGCUAUCAUUAGUGACGAUGAGUUAUACGCAGUGAAUGAGUGUCCAUUACUACGGUGGGCCGUAGCCUGUUUCAACCCGGCAAGGAUCAGCUAGGGACCAUUUCCAGGUACUUAGUGGAGGGUCGUCACGGAGUUAGAAUGUUUGGGAUUAGAGCACAGGGCAUUUGUUAUGAACAUGAAAUAUUUCUGCCAGCCUGGCCGGAAGCCUCUUUGUUGACAGGGUGGAGUUUACUCCCUGCGGCCCAAUCACAGGGAUUUCUGCUUGCCUUAGCUGGAACAGUGAACCAUGGAGCUGUAUUUCGGAGAAUAUCAACACGUGCAGCAGGAAUACGGGGUCCACCUGAGACUUGCAAGUGAUGAGACCAAAAGGUCGAGGAAUUCGCAGCACGCUAAGGCGGGCUCCUAUGGCGUCAGUAUUAGGGUCCAGGGCAUCGACGGCCACCCCUACAUAGUCCUGAAUAACACGGAGCGGUGUCUAGCAGGCACAUCUUUUUCUGAAAAUGGGCCACCAUUUCCACCUCCGGUGACAAAUAACCUUCCUCUACAUUCCAGCAAUUGUCCCGUGCUAACCGGGAACAGCGCAGAAUUGCAGCUCCCAGAAAACCCAUACGCCCAGCCCAGCCAAAUAAAAAACCCGAAGCCGCCUUCUCUCCACGAGGGCAAGAAUGGAGUUCUAGAUGGCAAAGAUGGGCCAGUGAAGACAUCCCACGUGCUGAACUUUCAGAAACACCCAGAGCUUUUGCAGCCUUACGACCCCGAAAAGAGUGAGUUGAACUUACAAAACCACCGACCUCCUGAGAGUCAUUGGCUAAAAACUUUAACAGAAGAAAAUACCAACAACAAGAAGCCCUGGACUUGCUUUCCCAAACCUAGCACUUCCCAGCCUACCAGCCCUGCCUCGGAAGACCUGGCCAGAUCCAGCGUGACGGCCAUUCGUUUGUGCAGCUCCGUGGUCAUCGAUGACCCCAAAAAGCAGACCUCGGUGUGCGUGAACGUUCAGAGCUGCACCAAGGAGGGCGCGGGAGAAGAGGCCCUUUGCCCUGGCGGGAGGCCCCUGGCUGCCCACAGCCCUCACGCCCACCCCGAAGCCAAGAGAACCAGGCCGGACGUUCUUCCCUUCCGGCGACAGGAUUCCGCAGGGCCGGUCCUGGACGGAGCCCGGUCCCGGAGGUCGUCCUCGUCAUCGACAACCCCCACCUCAGCCACCUCUCUGUACAGGUUUUUGCUGGACGACCAGGACUGCGCCAUCCAUGCCGACAACGUCAACCGUCAUGAAAACAGAAGGUAUAUCCCCUUCUUGCCGGGAACCGGGCGGGACAUCGACACGGGACCCAUUCCGGGUGUGGAUCAGCUAAUUGAAAAAUUCGACCAAAAACCCGGACUUCAGAGGAGAGGAAGGUCUGGGAAGCGGAACAGAAUCAGCCCAGACGACAGGAAAAGGUCCAGAAGCGUGGAUAGCGCCUUUCCGUUUGGUCUGCAAGGGAACUCGGAGUACCUGACGGAAUUCAGCAGGAACCUGGGCAAGUCGAGCGAGCACCUGCUCCGGCCGUCCCAGGUGUGUCCCCAGCGGGCGCCCUGUCGGGAGCACCGCGGCGGGAGGCAGAGCUCGGGCCGCGCCUUUGCCAAGCUGCAGGGGGCGGCGCAGGGGGCUGCCCACCCCAGGCCUCCCCAGCAGAACAAAAGUGGGAAAGUUCCGGAAACCAGAGGUAGUCAGGAAAGCACAUCGACUGGUGCGUCUUCCCUCCCGGCACAGAGUAAAAAGGAGGAGGAAAUAAAAACAGCCACCGCUACGUUGCUGUUACAGAAUCGGGCCGUACCAACCACCUCACCUGAUUCUGGUGCCAAGAAAAUUUCUGUGAAGACAUUUUCGUCCACCUCAAGCACUCAGGCCACACCGGAUCUCUUAAAGGGCCAGCAAGAGCUCACUCAGCAAACCAAUGAAGAGACGGCCAAGCAGAUACUUUACAAUUACCUCAAAGAAGGAAGCACCGAUAAUGAUGAUGCUACUAAAAGGAAGGUCAACUUGGUCUUUGAGAAAAUCCAGACUUUAAAGUCUCGAGCAGCAGGGAAUGCCCAAGGAAAUAACCAAGCUUCUAAUUCCUCAUCUGAAAUCAAAGAUCUAUUGGAACAGAAAAACAAGUUGACUGUAGAAGUGGCUGAACUUCAGCAACAGCUUCAACUAGAAGUCAAGAAUCAACAGAACAUCAAAGAAGAGAGGGAGAGAAUGAGAGCCAGCCUGGAGGCGCUCCGAGGCCAACACGACUCCAAGCUGGAAGAGAACUCCGAGUUGCAGCAGCGACUGGAGGAGAGCGAAGGGGAGCUCCGCAAGAGCCUGGAGGAGCUGUUCCAGGUGAAGAUGGAGCGGGAACAGCACCAGACCGAGAUCCGCGACCUCCAGGACCAGCUCUCAGAGAUGCACGACGAACUGGACAGCGCGAAGCGAUCUGAGGACAGGGAGAAGGGGGCUCUGAUCGAGGAGCUCUUACAGGCGAAGCAGGAUCUUCGAGACCUGCUGAUCGCCAAGGAGGAGCAAGAAGACCUCUUGAGGAAGCGGGAGCGCGAGCUCACUGCCCUGAAGGGAGCCCUGAAAGAGGAGGUGUCCAGCCACGAUCGCGAGAUGGACAAACUGAAGGAGCAGUACGACGCGGAGCUGCAGGUCCUGAGGGAGAGCGUGGAGGAAGCCACCAAGAAUGUCGAGGUCCUGGCCAGCCGGAGCCACGCUUCAGAGCAGAACCAGGUGGGGGCUGAAAUGCACGUGAAGCUUCUGCAGGAGGAGAACGAGAAGCUGCAGGGAAGGAUUGGAGAGCUGGAGCGAAGAGUUGCCCAGCUUCAGAGGCAGAUCGAUGACACGAAAGGAGAGGAAGCCAAAGCGAAGGAAACGCUCAAGAAGUACGAGGGAGAAAUACGACAAUUAGAAGAGGCCCUUGUGCAUGCCAGAAAGGAAGGAAAAGAAGCUGCGUCAGCCAGGAGGGGCCUGGAGAGCGAAUUGGAGGAUGCUCAGAAGAACCUGAUUCGGACCACCCAGGAGCAGAAGCAGUUGUCAGAGAAGCUGAAAGAUGAGGCCGAGCAGAAGGAGCAGCUGAGAAGGCUGAAGAACGAGAUGGAGAGCGAGCGGUGGCACCUUGACAAGACCAUCGAGAAACUGCAAAAGGAGAUGGCCGACAUUGUCGAAGCGUCCCGGGCAUCCACUCUGGAGCUGCAGAACCAGCUGGAUGAGUACAAGGAGAAGAAUCGCAGGGAGCUCUCGGAGAUGCAAAGGCAGCUGAAGGAGAAAACCCUAGAGGCAGAGAAGUCCCGACUGACAGCCGUGAAAAUGCAGGAGGAGAUGCGUCUGAUGGAGGAAGAGUUGCGGGACCACCAGCGAGCGCAGGAUGAAGCGCUCACGAAAAGGCAGCUCCUGGAGCAGACGCUGAAGGACCUGGAGUACGAGCUGGAGGCCAAGAGUCACGUCAAGGAUGACCGCGGCAGACUCGUCAAGCAGAUGGAGGACAAGGUGUCUCAGCUGGAGAUGGAACUGGAGGAAGAAAGAAACAACUCGGAUUUGCUGUCGGAGAGGAUCUCCAGGAGCAGGGAACAGGUGGAGCAGGUGAGAAACGAGCUGCUUCAGGAGAGAGCUGUGAGGCAAGACCUGGAGUGCGACAAGAUUUCCUUGGAGCGACAGAACAAGGACUUGAAGAGCCGCAUUGUCCACCUGGAAGGUUCCUACAGAUCCAGCAAAGAGGGGCUGGUGGUGCAGAUGGAGGCCAGGAUCGCGGAGCUGGAGGACCGUCUCGAGAGCGAGGAGAGGGACCGGGCCAACCUGCAGCUCAACAACCGGCGGCUGGAGCGGAAAGUGAAGGAGCUGGUGAUGCAGGUGGACGACGAGCACCUGUCGCUGACGGAUCAGAAGGACCAGCUGAGCCUGCGCUUGAAGGCCAUGAAGCGGCAGGUGGAGGAGGCCGAGGAGGAAAUUGACAGACUGGAAAGUUCUAAGAAGAAGCUGCAGAGGGAGCUGGAGGAGCAGAUGGAUGUGAACGAGCAGCUGCAGGGGCAGCUCAACUCCAUGAAGAAGGACUUGAGACUUAAGAAGCUGCCCAGCAAAGUGCUGGAUGACAUGGACGAUGACGAUGACCUCAGCACAGACGGGGGGAGCCUCUAUGAGGCCCCACUGAGCUACACCUUCCCCAAGGACAGCGCCGCCAUCAGCCAGAUCUGAGACUACUUCCAGGGCCGUUGAAGUGGCCGUCAUUCCUGGCAGGAGCUCCGCAGCCGCCGGGGCAGGAGGCAAGGAAGGGAGCGACCAACUGGCUGCAGAGACUGGAGACUCACCGCCUCUUUGUUCACACAGCUUCCCGGGUCCUCGACGCCUUCCUCCUGGGGCGUCUCUCAGCGGGGCUCACGGAGCUGCUGCAGUUUAAAGUGGUCGGAUGUCUGAGCAGCGGGGCCGCUGCCCCGUUGGGGUGUUCUGGAAAACAUGCUUUGGUUCUGCACGGCUGUCUGGCGUCACUGUUUGCAUUGCUUCUCCUGCUCCCCUCCUCCCUCCUCCUGCCAGGAAAGAGGGUCCAAAAAGCUCGUGACUGAGCAGCCGCUGCAGGGGGGGGAGCGAGGGGUGCAGAGGUUGUACACAUUUCAGACCGGCCCCUCUCGCGGACGGCUGCCGUUCGUUUGCAGUGUUACAGAGGCUUCGCGGGGUGGCUUGUUUGUAAAGUUCACGCGUCUGUAUCAAGUAUUCUUUUUUAAAAUACGAUAAAGCUACUAGAUUUUAAGUAUUAAGGAGCAGAGGUGAGACAGAGAGAGCUAAGAUCGCUUUGGAAACUGGAGUUGGAGAGAAGGAAUUGUAGUGAAAAUGGACAAUUAACACCGAGGAUAGACGUUCAGAUGGUCGGGCAAACACGACUCGCUGGCAGAGCUGGAGAGGAAGGCAUGAAGGUCACUCUUGUCUGCUGGCUGUCGCCAUGGCCUCGGUUGCUUAUUUUAUCCUGAGUUUUGUUAUAACUUCUAGACGAUGCUGAGACCAAUUCCCAGUCACCAGUUGCACAGUGGGGUGGGGAGCGGGGAGACUUGUCAGUUUCGGUUUGUCCGAUGCUGUGGUUCCUGGAAGGACAAGGCCCUCUUGCCGUGUCUUGCUGGCCCUGUCCUCCCCGCAGCAGGCCUCCCGGCUACAGUCCUGGGGCCCCUGGCGAGGUGGUGGCGGGAUGGGGGGCUAGGAGCGUUUGGGGGGUGAGGGUCAUGGGGCAGGUCACGGGGAAGGGAGAUGAGAGAGGGGGCAGGCAGGCAGGUGUGGGUGUGGGGCCGGGCGUGAGAAGGAAGCCAGAGAAGUUCCUGAAAGCUGGGGGAGGAUGUGUGGACAAGAGGUGGGUUUAGUGGGAUCUCGGGUUUCUGUCAAGGCAGGGAGGGAAAGAAACAGACGUCAGGCAGAGGUGUGUCUGUGCAAAUGGGAGGGACCCCUUCCAGCUUCCUGGGACCGAGGGACAUCGCCGGCAGCGGCAAUGUGACUGGGGGAAGGGGCGUGGUCUGGGGGCAAGGCCAGGAGGCUGGGGACCGUGGGCAUUAGGAGGAUGCGGGGCAUCCUGGCACUUCCUCUUGGCCUUCCUGUGUCACCUUGCAGCAGGACAGUCCCCAGGCCUGGCUACAGGCCAGGUCCAGUCACAGCUGGGCCUCCAUAGGUCAGGGCAGGGGGCAGGCAGCUCAGUAGGGAAGUGGCCAGGGAGAGGACCCUGUGAGUUGGUUCCACAUAUGGAGCAGAGAUGGCUGUGUCACAGUGUCCCCAAGCAUCCCAGUAGACACGAGGCCUGUGGACCAGAGAACUCCAUGACAGUUGCCAUGUGGUCCCACCUAGCCCGGGUCACAGAGCCCACCCGCAGGAUUCAGAGAGGCCAGCCCAGUUUCAGGGUGGGCGCCUGGAGCCCGAGAGCCAGUCCCUGCUCCACCUCGGCCAGGGUCACCCUGACCACAGCGGAGGACGAUUCUUCCUCUGCUCGCUUGCUGGAGGUGUGGAGAGAUUCCUCCCUGUAGCCAUUCAUUCAUUUAGCAAGUAUUUUUUGGAACCUAUGAUGUGUCAGGCACUGGGAAUACGGCAGUGAAUAAAACAGUAAAAACGCCCCCCUCCUGGAGCUGCAUCUGGGAUGGGGUGAUAGCGAAGGAAUCACCCCAAUGUCAAUCAAAGACAUCAACACGGGCCCAGCACCUCUGUGCCCAGCCCUGGAGCCCCUCUGUUCUCUUGGGGACACGAACGACAAGCCUGGCUCACUGGAACUCACUGAGAUUCUUUGACACCCCCUCUCCCAAUAUGUUCUUUAUUUGCCUGCAGCUCCCACUGUCAUUGUGUGUCUGCCAAUAACCCUGCCUGGAAAUGCCUCAGCCCUGCCCCUAAGCAGACAGACAUGUGCGACACUGCAGGUCCAGGACUUUGGGAUGAGCAUCUGCUGGGUGAGGAGGCAGCUGCCCCCCAAUCUGGCCAAUUCUGGUAGCCGUGAGCCUGGCUGCAGGAAGCGGAACCAUCUGUGCAAAGAGAAGAGUAGGUCACCUUUCAAAACACUUGUGUCAUCACCCUGAAAAUAGGCUGCUGUAAAUUCCAACGAUAGUGCUAUCCUGCACUGCAAGCGAGCUGGAUCGUGCAGUGCGGCAGGCAGGAAGGACACUGGCCUGGAAGUCCCGAGAGAGGGGUUUUCAAGUCCCCUCAGGUCUCCCCUCCCUGGUGACCUUGACGGGGUGCUCGCUCACGCUCAGAGCCAUGGGUCGCAUGGGACGAGGUGAGGAUUAGGGCCAGAGGUCCUUUCUGCAUCUAACUCGAUAUCCUUCUUUGAUUUUAUUAUUAAUAUAUGUACGUUUUUUUCCUGUUUAUUGCUUUAAGAACUAACCCUGCUCAAGAGUGUUUUCUUUAGCUAGUUUAAAAAGAAAAAAAAUUAUUUUAUGUACAAACACAUAUGUGGCCAAAUGCAAUGCUGAGAAGACAAUCAUCAUAUAUCUUUUAUAAUUUCCGCCCCCAACCCCCACCCCCACCCCCGCUUCUGAGUAUCAUUCUGCAAUGCCAGUUGGCUUAUUCUGUUGGGUUUCUGCUUUUGGGAAUGGUCUGGUGGCUUUGCGUUGUCAUGGGGAAGAGACAUUCUUGUUGCAGCUACCUCCAUGUGAGUGAAUUCCUGGAUAAAGCAAGAUUUACUUUCAAUAAACGCUGUCACCCAACGAGCA